GUUGCCUGGUGAAGAGGAGGCAGGGGAGGAGGCUCCCAGGAGAGAGAGAGGCUCUGACCUUCCAGCUCUACUCUGAGUUUUAGGUUUAGUGUCAGCCCUUGGGGCUCCAGCCAGCUCCAGUGGGGACUCUUAAGUGGCAAGUGCAGCCCAGAGUCUAUAAGCUGGAGCAGCUGGGGGCCUCUGGAAAUGGUCCAAAUGGGCAGUGAUGGAAAUGGGAACCCAGGCCUCUGUUUCCACCUGGGCAAGAAGGAAUCCCCCAUUUAUCUUCUCUGCCUCUGCAUCAGACAUGGCUUGUUUGCCCAAGCAACCCUGGACAAUGCAGAAGAGCCAAGAGGCUGAGCCCAGUGCCUCGAUCUCUCGGAGCCUCCUGUUUGGGGAGGACCCACAACCCCUGUCUCAACAACUGCACGCUACCAGUCUACAGGACAGGGAGCCUCGUGGCUCCCCCAGCGUCUCCAAGGUGGGCUCAGAGUACCUGCCCUUCUGUACAUAUGAGCAGCCCUUGGCGAGGGAGGAGCUGGCCCAGCUGGCUGAAGUUGGCCCAGGCCACGAAGCUGGCUGGAGCCAUAGAGGGAGGCUGUUCCUCGAGGACUCAGCGCCACCUAGUGGCUUCUUCCCAUACUACCGCUCCCAGGAAGAGUACCUCACCGGUGCCACCACCCCACGAAGCUGCCGCUGGUGUCUGGGCUCCAGAGACCCCUUUCCAGGAAGUGAGACACAAGACGGCUACCACCAAGUGACAACCAGAGAUGGAUGCCUUUCUCCCCUGGCAGGGCCAGACCUCAUCUCCGGGUUUUCACCCUCACCAGCCUGCUGUUGCUGCUUGGGAGGGCUCAUGUGUGACAACGACCAGGAUCCCCCUCUCGCCAGGCACCAUGUUCUUGGUGCCUCAGGAUUUGUACCAUACUACAGAAGCCCCGACGAGAGGCUACGCACCAGCCCUGUGCUCUCCUCCUCUGUGCUGGGGGGCUCGUGGGAGCGCCCCCCAACCUGUUGCUGCCAGCCUGGGAAGGCACAGGAGUGAAGGCAGCGGGGACUUCUGGGGUGCCAUACUCCAGCACCUCCUGGCCAUCGAGGGGCAAGGGGAACCAGAAAGGAGGUCCCCGCAGCUCAGGCCUCCUGCCCCAGGACCACAGCUGGCCUAGUGAGUGCCCAGCCCUCAGACCUUCAUCGUUUGUCCCUCCUGGGGUGGAAAGACAUCUUUUACUAUGAGGGGGAUCCUCCUUUCCCCAACAGAGGCCCACAGAAAGAACCGUCUCUCCCCUCCACGCCUUCAGUGCCUGGUGAUGGCGCAGUCUUCCACCUUGGUGCCUCCCUCCUCAUGUCUGUGCUUGCCUUUCUUGUUAAGCAGCAGAAGGGAGAGAAUUGUGCCACAUUCAGCCACCCAAUGCCAUGCCCAGAAAUUCACCACCCUACCCCAUCUACCCCACCUUAUUCUCCUAGGUUGGGAAAUCUGUGUGUGUGUGUGUGUGUGUGUGUGUGUGUGUGUGUGUGUGUGUAAUCACAAAAGUAGCUGCAGGGGGAUUCCCACUGUGUCCCCAUUUGGACCUCAUUGUUGCUCCCGUAGCUUGUGGCAAGCCUGGGCACAGGGAGCAGGGCUUCCUGGAUGACCUGAAGGUACACAGUACACACUGGCUUUGUAAAUAAAUCAUCACCACCGAGGCUGGGGGGCCUUGC